UUUUGUCGUUGCAUUGUGGGAUUGGCUGACAGUCAGAGGAGGUGGUGUGCGCUUCACUGUACGUUCAGGCCUGCGGGAACAGCACCAGAUCUUCCGCACAGGCGCGCAUUUCUUUUUUUAUUUUACCGGCAGAUUUUCGCGUUAACGGACCCCAUCAGCGGGAGGAUUGUCCACCAUGCCGUCCAUGUUACAGACCGUCGGUAAACAGCUUAGGAACCACCCGGCUCUCAUCCCACUCUUCAUCUUCAUCGGUGGCGGGGCAACCAUGAGCGUGCUGUACUUGGGUCGGCUGGCGCUGAAAAACCCUGACGUCUCAUGGGAUCGCAAGAACAACCCCGAGCCCUGGAACAAGCUUGAGCCUACUCAGCAGUACAAACUUUUCGCUAUUAACAUGGACUACUCCAAGCUGAAGAAGGACAGGCCUGAUUUCUAAGUCGACAUGUCUCCUCACCUCUCAUCACAUCUCUGGCGUUGUCGUCAGCGUGACGGGCCUUUGCACUUUCUGCCAAACAACCCAUGACGCUGAAUGAAGGUUGAGAGUGCACCCGUUCAUUUCCAUUGUGAAGGGGAAAGGAAUCAUUGACUGUACGAAAUAAAACAGGCAACCACCUGUUUUCCUAAUUAAUGAAUUUUAUUUUUGACUGUGUUGUAAAUGAUUAAAACAAUCAUAAACUA